GCGCUGUACUUUAUGAGGAAUUUGGCGGUGCAGGUGGUGGAGAAGAUCGCCCUCAUGCCUCAGGUGCUGCGGUCCGAUUUCAACUGGGCAGCAGCUCUUCCACCAGAGCUGCCGGUGGACGCAGCGAAGGUGAUGUGCGGCCGGUCCGGAGAUCACAUCUUGGUGAUCUACUUGUCCGAACCGGUGGCUCGGGUCUCCGAUGAGACAUUGGAGGCCCUUUGCCAGGCGGUUAAAGCUGUGCCCUUCAUCCCGCGUAACUCGGACGAGAUGGCGCCUGAAGGGCGGGUGUGGGUGGGCGGCCUAAUGGGCGAUGCCCUCAUGACGCAGGAGCUGGCAUAA